AUGGCGGACGCCAUCGGAUUAGGCGCGUCAGUGAUUGCUUUUAUCGGUCUUGCUGGCCAGCUCGUGCAAGGCUGCGAAUAUGUCCGUCGAACAAUCGAUGCAAUCAAGGAAGCAGAUGGCGAUGUCCGAGAACUCCGAAGCGAAGUGAGCUCUUUUGAGCUCAUCCUUGACAGCUUUCGCAACGUUCUCCAAGAUAUGGAAACUUCUGGUGUUCAGUUGACAGCAAGUGGUCGAAUGCAUGCAGUUCGAUCGGUUUUGAAUACAGCGCACGAAGCUGUACAAAACCUACUAAAGUUCAUUGCGACCAACAAGUUUUCCGGGAGAAAGAGGGAUAAACUCAAAUUCGUGUUUUUAAGAGAAACCUGCGCGAAGCACGUAUCCAGAAUCAAUAGAGUCAAGCACGACAUAGCUAUAACGCAGGCUAAUAUGAUAUUACACCUGGAAAAUCAAAGGCUUUCACACGACCAAGUCAUCGAGCGGGAUCUUAACUCUCUAGCCUCAAAUCUCGGCGAUUCUUCGAAGAUUGUCAGUACGAUCCAGCAUGGUUGGAUGAAGUGCACGUAGCUGCAUGCAAUACAAAGGAAGCUGUUUCUGUUUUGAAGAGUGAUCUUUUUACAAAAAUCUAUGACCUCUGUAACGUGGUCAACGCAAUUUCAACAUCGAAAUUUACUGCUUCUGCUACAAUAGUGUCCGAAACAGCCGGUUAUGUCCAUGAGGCGGUUCAAAAUGCCAGUGCAGCAAACGAAUCCAUCGAAACGUUAAAAGCCACUUCAGAAGGUUUGAGAUUAUUGCCAAUGGGCAUGCCAACAUUCGUGAAAAGCAUAUUCCGCGAAGUCUUGUUGGGGUUCCAUCUUGAGACUAAACACAAUCGAGAUUUUGGGGGGGUUGAGUCUAUACAAAGGUUUAAACCUAUUCUGGGAACUGGACCUCGACGAGAAGUUGUCCAACAGCGUAUCCUAGAAAAGAAAUAUUCCCGUGCUAUUGGUAUAGUGACUAUGCAGUCUAUCAUUACAACCUUCAAUGAAUCAGACACUGGUGCCUCCAACAUAGGAUCCCUCACUGUCACUCAGACAAAUGUGUACCUGUUCCCAAAAUCCGGAGUUACUUCAAUUAGGUAUAUAUUGCUCUAUUGUUGAGCAAGGAUUCGCUAUUUCGGCAUUCACCCCCGAACCUGCGUUACGAGUAUACAAUAGAAUCGACAGCAACGCUCCAAUUGUCAACGCUUGCAUCUCUGGUAACCUGGCAGAGGUUGGAGAGCUCUUUAUAAAUGGACAUGCCUCACCAUAUGAUCGUCUGUGGGCCGAGAGAUCUCUUCUGGACCUAAUACUGCGCCAAAUUAUCGAAAUUUUCAAGCAUCGAUCUAUUCCCCCGCAGCGCGGUAUCGAAGGACUGCUGUCCGUCUUUGAGGAAUUGGUGUACCAUGGUCUGGAUCCAGGAGUGCCAAGGAUAAAAGAGGAUAGAGCUGAUCAAUCGCCGCUCAUGACCAUAGCUACUUUGUCACCAACUUCAGAGUCAGAUACUGAAUCGCUGCUGCAUUUAGCGCGAAUCAUAAUCAAGAAUAGUACCCGCGCUCCACUUCAAGAACAUGGCUUGGAGAACUUGGAUUGGCAAGUGCAAAUUGAUGGAUCUAAACGUCCCGUUUAUGACCUCUUAAAGACCCAGGAAUUGUGGCCUCUAGUAUGGCCAAGUGCGGAUGAAGUUUGGAGUUCGUACCGCACUCAUCUCGCCCGUUGCAUAAAAAAAGCGGCCGACCGUGAUUGUAAUAUAUCUCGAUCAUGCCCAGGUAUAUUUAAUUACCUCCACGACAAUGUUCAUUUGAAACAGAUAAUGAACCAACUGAAUCUCUACGAAAACAUCUUGUUAUUCCAAGACUUAGUUGCCUCGAUCGAAAGCUCAGAUAUGAAUACCCAGUUCCAUAGAGCUAUCUGGGCGGGGUUCCUUGAAUACUUUGAGGAUUCAGGAGUAGAUUUCGACAACCCAUCAUCAUUUUUCACUUCCAUUCUACCAGGCCACCUUCACAAGACUCAAUAUAACGAAAAGGUUUACUUGAAUGUAAUCUUCCAUGCUUUGGUGGAUUACGGUUUUGAUGAAGAUUUUGCUGCGGAUUUUGUUGAGACGGAUUGUUAUUAUUCUUUGGCCAUACAGCUUCACUUCCUCGAAAAAUCACUCUUCGAUAUUUCCUGGGAAUUUUAUUCUCAAAUUAUUUUGCCUAAAUUUGAAAUGAGACUUUUACAGGAUUUAGCUAACGAGCAAUGGUUGUCUGGUAACCGCUCAAGUAUUGUACGCGCCCUCCAUGAUGCAUAUGAGUUUGCCAAAGAGUCUAUUGUUGUUUCAAGCUCUUCAUACUCUAAAGAUGACUCUUCCGACGAAUAUUACCUCUCAAGUGAGGAGGACGACGAAGAAGAAGAAGAAGAAGAAGAAGAAGAAGGGGCUCCAGAUUUUUGGGAAGACAAGGACAUGUUUUUGGAGCUUCUCUUCGCCUUAGAUAGAUCUCCUAUCUUAUCAUCAAUACCAACCACAGUGAUGGGAGAGGAAUGCAUAUCGCUACUAGGAUUAGUCGAAGACUUGGGUAUAAAUACUACACCAUCCCUCACCCAAGAUUUAUACCACUUCUCCAACGAUACAGAAAAUGAAUCUAAGUCACAAUUCACUACUCCAACAACAUCUUUACUCAACGCUUCGGACGCCCCUCUACCUCAAACCCCAAAUUAUAGCAAUCCAUUAAACGACACGACAACCGAGCUUGUCACAGAAGAGGAAACAUGCGGACCACAAGUUGCACACAACUCAUUCUUUACUUGA